CCUCCGCCUCGGAAUGAAAGUAAAUCGUAUGAUUAUAAUGCAUUUCUGCUCUGCAUUGUUGACCGUUUAUUUUUAGUCGGACUGAACGGUACCGCCCACGCGGGGUCCGGCUGCAGAAGCUUCACACACCGAGUUGAUUCAACGAGGAGGAACUCAGUGCUGCUGCGCCUGCAGUCAGAAAUCAUGGCUAAGGAAGUAAGACACAUAUUUGGGAAUUGCACAUUUUUCCUCGGACUGUUACCUUUCCUCUGCGUUCUGUUUUGCAUCUUUACUGGUUUGUGGGCCAAUGAUGUGCUGGUUCCAGAGCAUGCGACUGCAGUGCUGGGGAAGAACGUCACUUUGACCUGUAGGGUGGAGGUGAGCACAAACCUCAGCCUGACCCAGAGUUCCUGGGAGCGCCGGCUGCCCUCUGGCACCGUCACUUUGGCCGUCUACAACCCCCAGUAUGGGACCUCCAUAGCUGAGGAGUACAGAAAACGAGUGCACUUCCUCAAUCCUUCAGUGCAUGAUGUAUCCAUUGUCCUGGAGGGUGUGGGUUUUGCAGACAUUGGGACCUACACUUGCAAGGUUGUUACCUUCCAAAUUGGAAACAUGCAGGCCUCCACAAUUGUGGACAUUAUGGUGGAGCCAAAAGUCUAUGUGUCUCCUGGCUCCUUGACCCUGACGGAUGGAGAUGGUGAAACUCUGGUGGCCACAUGUACAGCUGAAAGGGGUCGCCCAGCAGCAGAGGUGUUCUGGGAAUCAGGCCUGUUGGGUCGCACAGAGGUCAUUGCACAGAAGGAGUCUGAUGGCACCUCCACCACUUCAGUGCACUACGUGUGGGCCCCCACCCGUGACGAGUUUAACCACGCCCUCAGCUGCAUUGUUCGUCAUCCGGCACUAUCCACGGAAUUCCGCAUUCCCUAUCGGCUCAAUGUGCUUUUUGCUCCAGAUGUUAUGGUGUUGGGUCAGGAGGAGGUGUGGUAUGUGGGACAAGAAAAUGUAAAGCUGGACUGUAGAGCCAGCGCCAACCCACCUGCUAAUUUCUUCCUCUGGACCAGGCUGGAUGCACCAAUGCCUGCAGGUGUGGACACAUCUAAUGACAGCCUAGUGUUUACUCGUCCUGUAGAGCAGAGUGACUCUGGACAAUACAGGUGUGAAGUUCAGAACGAUAUUGGGCAGCGCUUUCAGGAUGUGAGCCUCUUGGUAUUAGAGCCGCCAUCUACCACUGCAGUCCCCACCACCACCAAGACCAUCCUGCCUGACACCAGUGUAACCAUCACUGCUCCUAUCAAGCAUCAUGCUCACUUCACCUCCCCGACUCAGGCUCCUUCACCAGAUAGCAGCCUGGGAACCAUUGUAGGUGGCGCUGUUGGUGGGAUCUUGGUCCUGGUGUUGCUUAUGGCAUUGGUGGGAGUUUUCUACAUGCGUCAGAGGAGAACAUUUAGAGGAGACUACUACACCAAACAAUACAUAGGCCCAUCCGACAUGCAGAAAGAGUCACAACUGGACGUACUUGAACCCCAUGAGCUGCAGGACGUUUACGGUGAUGACUCAGGCAAUGGCAGCCAGGACUUGAAGCCCAAACCCGAUGGAGGCAUUAUCUAUCCCGAUUAUGCCAAUGACCAUAAAGACAUUGAGGGCUGGGGUGACAAUCUUAGCCUUCAGAGAGAAGGCACGUAUUAUUCUGACCAACACAACCAUCACAACGUAAACCCAAGCGGGCCUCCGCUAAACAAUGGCUCUCUUUACCUGCAGGACGACUGCUAUGACAACGGCACAGACAGCGAUUAUGUGUCCCAUGUAGAUGGAUCUGUGAUUUCACGCAGGGAAUGGUAUGUUUGAAAACAAAGCUGGGGAACAUUACUGGACAACAAUAAUUUAAAAAACAAUGGAGAAAGUAUUAUUUAACUCAGAAAAGUGUGAGAAAGUGUACAUUGUUAACAAAAAUGUAACCUUCUAGCUCAGUUUUUGAUUUUAUCCUUACGUUUUGUACGUAGCGAACGGCUGUAAUUUACUGCAAAUCUGUUUAGAAUGGGAUUUCAUUCAGUGGACUGCUGUGAGACUUCGGGACGUAAAGGGAGAGGUUUACAUGGUUUAUGAUCACAGGGUGGACUUACACAAAGAAAACAAAUCUGCUAAAAUUAAGCUGCACUCUGUGCGUAACCAUUCCAGUUACCACAUUGCACAUGACUGUUAGCUUUAAAACCAGGUGCAGCAUAAAUUUGGUUCUUUCCACUCUGUUUUUUAAGAUUUAUUUGACUUCUCCAUUAAUAGGAGCAAAGUGUCACUUUAGUUUCAUAUUAAGACACAUUUACUGAGUUUGAAAGUCUUGUGUUUUUACUG